GCCGCCGCCGCCUGAGGAGGAGCCGCGGCAUUCCGGGCCACGCCGAUGACUACUGCAAACUGUGGCACCCACGACGAGCUCGACUUCAAACUCGUCUUUGGCGAGGACGGGGCGCCGCCGCCGCCGCCGCCCCCGGGCUCGCGGCCUGCAGAUCUUGAGCCAGAUGAUUGUGCAUCCAUUUACAUCUUUAAUGUAGAUCCACCUCCAUCUACUUUAAAUUCACCACUUUGCUUACCACAACAUGGAUUACCGUCUCACUCUUCUGUUUUGUCACCAUCAUUUCAGCUCCAAGGUCACAAAAACUAUGAAGGAACUGGUGAUGUUCCUGAAUCUAAAUACAGUCCAUUAGGUGGUCCCAAACCCUUUGAGUGCCCAAGUAUUCAAAUUACUUCCAUCUCUCCUAACUGUCAUCAAGAAACAGAUGCACAUGAAGAUGAUCUACAGAUAAAUGACCCAGAAAGGGAAUAUUUGGAGAGGCCUUCUAGAGAUCAUCUCUAUCUUCCUCUUGAGCCAUCCUACCGGGAGUCUUCCCUUAGUCCUAGUCCUGCCAGCAGCAUCUCUUCUAGGAGCUGGUUCUCAGAUGCAUCUUCUUGUGAAUCUCUUUCACACAUUUAUGAUGAUGUGGACUCGGAGUUGAAUGAAGCUGCUGCCCGAUUUACUCUUGGAUCCCCUCUGACAUCUCCAGGUGGUUCUCCAGGAGGCUGCCCUGGAGAAGAGUCCUGGCAUCAACAGUAUGGACUUGGACACUCCUUGUCACCCAGGCAAUCUCCUUGCCACUCUCCUAGAUCUAGUAUCACUGAUGAGAAUUGGUUGAGCCCCAGGCCAGCCUCAGGACCCUCAUCAAGGCCCACUUCACCCUGUGGGAAACGGCGGCACUCCAGUGCUGAAGUUUGUUAUGCUGGAUCCCUAUCACCCCAUCACUCACCUGUUCCUUCUCCUGGACACUCCCCUAGGGGAAGUAUAACAGAAGAUACCUGGCUCAAUGCUUCUACCCAUAGUGGAUCAGGCCUUGGCCCUGCACUUUUUCCAUUUCAGUACUGUGUAGAGACUGAUAUCCCUCUGAAAACAAGGAAGACUUCUGAAGAUCAAGCUGCCAUACUACCAGGAAAAUUAGAGCUCUGUUCAGAUGAUCAAGGAAAUUUAUCACCAUCCCGGGAGACUUCAGUAGAUGAUGGCCUUGGAUCUCAGUAUUCUUUAAAGAAAGAUUCAUCUGGUGACCAAUUUCUUUCAGUUCCUUCACCCUUUACCUGGAACAAACCAAAGCCUGGCCACACACCUAUAUUUCGCACAUCUUCAUUACCUCCACUAGACUGGCCUUUACCAUCCCACUUUGGACAGUGUGAACUGAAAAUAGAAGUGCAACCUAAAACUCAUCAUCGAGCCCAUUAUGAAACAGAAGGUAGCCGAGGGGCAGUAAAAGCAUCUACUGGGGGACAUCCUGUUGUGAAGCUCCUGGGCUAUAGUGAAAAGCCGAUAAAUCUACAGAUGUUUAUUGGAACAGCAGAUGAUCGAUACUUACGACCUCAUGCAUUUUACCAGGUGCAUCGAAUCACUGGAAAGACAGUUGCUACUGCAAGCCAAGAGAUAAUAAUUGCCAGUACAAAAGUUCUAGAAAUUCCACUUCUUCCUGAAAAUAAUAUGUCAGCCAGUAUUGACUGUGCAGGUAUUUUGAAACUUCGAAAUUCAGAUAUAGAGCUUCGAAAAGGAGAAACUGAUAUUGGCAGAAAGAAUACUAGAGUACGACUUGUGUUUCGUGUACACAUCCCACAGCCCAAUGGAAAAGUCCUUUCUCUGCAGAUAGCUUCUAUACCUGUUGAAUGCUCCCAGCGGUCUGCUCAAGAACUUCCUCAUAUUGAGAAAUACAGUAUCAACAGUUGUUCUGUAAAUGGAGGCCAUGAAAUGAUUGUGACUGGAUCUAAUUUUCUUCCAGAAUCUAAAAUAAUUUUUCUUGAAAAAGGACAAGAUGGACGACCUCAGUGGGAGGUAGAAGGGAAAAUAAUAAGGGAAAAAUGUCAAGGGGCUCACAUUGUCCUUGAAGUUCCUCCGUAUCAUAACCCAGCAGUUACAGCUGCAGUGCAGGUGCACUUUUAUCUUUGCAAUGGCAAGAGGAAAAAAAGCCAGUCUCAACGUUUCACUUAUACACCAGUUUUGAUGAAGCAAGAACACAGAGAAGAGAUUGAUUUGUCUUCAGUUCCACCUUUGCCUGUGCCUCAUCCUGGCCAGACCCAGAGGCCUUCCUCAGAUCCAGGGAACCCACGUGACUUUUUACUGUCAGCACCGAGAGGCUUGGUUUGUCCCAUUCAGCAAGCAUAUGCCUCUAUGGUAACCUCAUCCCAUCUACCACAGUUGCAUUGUAGAGAGGAGGGAGCAGGUAAAGAGCAGCAUAUGCUACCUUCUUCAGUUGUGCACCAGCCUUUUCAAGUUACACCAACAUCUCCUGUGGGGUCUUCCUAUCAGUCUAUGCAAACUAAUGUUGUGUAUAAUGGACCAACUUGUCUUCCUGUUAAUGCUGCCUCUAGUCAAGAAUUUGAUCCAGUUUUGUAUCAGCAGGAUGCAGCUCUUCCUAAUUUAGUAAAUCUUGGCUGUCAACCGUUAUCAUCCAUACCAUUUCAUUCUUCAAAUGCAGGCUCAACAGGGCAUCUCUUAGCACAUACACCUAAUUCUGUGCAAACCUCGCCUCAUCUGCAAUCAAUGGGAUACCAUUGUUCAAAUAUAGGACAAAGACCUGUUUCUUCUCCGGUGGCUGACCAAGUUAUUAGUCAGCCUUCCCCUCAGUUGCAGCAUAUAACAUAUGGUCCUUCACAUUCAGGGUCUGCUACAACAGCUUCCCCAGCAGCCUCUUGUUCCUUGGCUAGUUCACCACUUUCUGGGCCACCGUCCCCUCAGCUGCAGUCUAUGCCUUAUCAAUCUCCUAGCUCAGGAACUGCCUCAUCACCAUCUCCAGCCACCAGAAUACAUUCUGGACAGCACUCAACUCAAGCACAAAGUACAGGUCAGGGAGGUCUUUCUGUACCUUCGUCUAUAAUAUGUCACAGUUUGUGCGAUCCAACAUCAUUUCCACCUGAUGGGACAACUGUGAGCAUUAAGCAUGAACCUGAAGAUCAGGAACCUAACUUUUCAACCAUUGGUCUACAAGACAUCACUUUAGAUGAUGUAAACGAGAUAAUUGGGAGAGACAUGUCCCAGAUUUCUGUUUCCCAAGGCUCAGAGGCGAGCAGAGUCACUCCCAUCCUCGAUCCUGAGUCCCUGGAUUUAGGAAGAUCUGAUGGGCUCUAACAGUUCUCACUGCAGCCUGGUAUCCACCAACUUCUCAGCACGUUACUCUCUUGGACCUUGGGUUUCCAACUUUUUGGCCUUCAGGACUGGUGCCAGGAGUUGGAUUCACCACUGUGGGGAAAAGCAGCAUUCUUCCACCUCAGGCCUUGGAUAGAUUUUGUAAAAGAACAGGAGCAGUAUAGGUUAUAUUUGAACUGUGGGGAAGAGAGCUUUGCAUUUUUUUAUAUUUAAAUAGGAUACUUUUUAUAUGAUGGGUGCUUUGAGUGUGAAUGCAGCAGGCUCUCCAUUUCAGAGAUGCUGCUUUUGCAGGUGAUCUUGUUGUGUAACUAGGAUUGGUAAUUUGUACUGUUUUCCUGGUCAUUUGAAGGCCCCCUUAGUUUUGAUGAUAUUUUUAAAAAUAGGAACUUUUGAUAAAACCUUCCAGAGGCAAAUAAGCAACAACAACAAAAAAUUAUCCUAAGCCCAUACCAAUGCCUCAGAAAUUUGGCAUGUGUCCUGAAGCCUUUCAUAGAUUCAUAGGAAAUAAAGCCAAAUGUAGCUCAUACUCUUUAUAAAAGUAAACUAUUAGAAAAAUGAGACCAUUCCAUCAUUGAAGUGUUGGAAUAUAAAGACAUUCCAGAGCAUAGCCUUUUUGUAACUUUAUAGGUAAUCUUCCUGCAGUCUCUCCAUGCUGACUCCAUGUUGAAACUGCUUUUUCCCCUCAGGACCAUGGGUAAGAUGGCUACUUACAGGUGACUCUGAAAGGUGAAGUAUUAGCUAGGUAAUUUUCAGUUCCUGACAUUCUAAAAACUAGGAGUCAGUAAGAGUGCUCUUCCCAUUUGUGUUUCCUGGCCCCAAAACCUUUUCCAAGUGGGAGCUUCUGCUUUUAGUUUGUUCUUGUCACCAUUGAAGCAAGUCUCCUCCUGAUGGUUCAGACGGCUUUGCAGUUUUCUUUUCUAGAGCCCAGGCAAGCUAUGUCAGGAGCUGAGCAUAACUGACCUAUGCAUCAGGAUGAACAAAGAAAAUGCAGGACUCUAUAUGGAAAGGCUUUAAGAUUCUCACUAGUAUAGGUUUGUCCUCCAUUCUGUCUACAGCCUAAAAUGACUUUAGCCUAACCUGUCCUGUGUGGGUGACCUAAAACCUAAACCCAGCCUUUU